AUGGCUAGCUCUGGCUCUGGCGACUCGCCCGCGGCGGCCGUCGCGCCCGGCACCCUUGCCUGCCCCGACCUCUCGACGGCGCCCUCGCCACCCCCGCCGUUGCCGGUCUCACCUCCUCCUGCUCCAGCCGUGGUCCCCCUCCCCCCCUCCCCCGCCCCGGCUCGGUUCCGGUGGGCGGAUUUGGCCGAGGACGACGCCGACUCCCCCCCACCUCCCCUCCAACCCCUCUGCGCCGCUCGUCUGUCCCGUCCCUACCCGGCCACUCGGCGAGCCGCGUCGCCCUGCGUGGCCGGUAGCUCAGCCUCCCCCGUGCGAGGCUAUGCUGCUGCCUCGCGGCGGCCGCUGCACUCCGCCCCGGCGCCCGGGCCGCAAGGCUCGACCUUGCGGGGAGCCAGUGCUCGACACCGCCGCCAGCGCUCCUGGGGCGUGGUCGGCCGCUCGGAGGUGGGUAGGGCCAGGGCUUCGUGGCGUCGGUUCCCGGCCGGUUCUACUCCCUCGCCGGCGCCGCCCCCGCCGAUGGUUCGUCGCGCCGAUGACCUCGCCGCGCCCAUCGUGCGCUCCUCCCCCUUCUGCCCCUUCAUUGCGACCUUCGGGUCAUCCUCGCUCUGUUUCCAGUCACUUCAGCAUUUCAGUCGGCCCUGGCCCGCCUUAGCCGCCCCAGGGAUUUGGCCCCCCUAUGGUCUCCCGCACGCAUCGACGCCCCUCCCAGCCGCCACCAGCUCGCAGGUCUUCGCUUCCCCGAGUGCUCCGCCCGCCGCGUCGUCCCAGCCGCCUGCCCCGCCGCCCUGCGCCCUGCCCCCUCCCCCUCCUCCCUCCCCACUCCCCUCGGUGCGGCCGGCCAUGCCGCGGGAAUGGGAUGAUGGGGAGGCCCGUCACAAGCGACGCUACGACGACAGACCCCGGCCUUCCCCGGACGCGGUCCGCCGUGAAGAGGAGCUCCGGUGGGAGCUUCGUGAGCUCCGUGACGGGCAUCGGGAGGAUCGCCGUUCCCCGGGUCGUUCUGACCGUCGCGGCCGAUCCCGCUCGCCCUCCCCGGCCCGCGUCACGGCCGCUCCCCAUCGCCUUCGCGCGCUCCCCGCCUCCUGUCCCCUCGACCCCAAGCCCUUCCGCCUCCCGCCGCGGCCCGGAAAUACGUCCCUCCUCACGCAGCUGCCGCGGCUACUCCGGCUUCCGCGGCCGUUGCGGGUGGUGCUCCGGCCCGUGGCCACCAAGGCCCGAACAAGAAGAAGAAGCGCCGCGGUCAGGGCCGCGGCAUCUUGGCUGCUCCCGCUCCGCCUGCCUCGGGCUCUUCGACCGCCCCGGGGCUGGUGUCCGGUCUCCCCCGCCCUCCGUGCUUCAAUUGCGGUGUGGCAGGCCAUUCUCAAGUCAACUGCAUCAACCCACAGUGCUACUACAUCUGCAAGGACCCGGGCCACCCCGCCCUUCUAUGCCCGGAUCGUCCUGUGCCGGCUGAGCUCGUGA